AUGCCUCACGCCGUGCUACCAGAUCUUGCUGCAUUUAAUGAAAGUCUUCUCAGUCCUCUUCCGGCAUACUCAGCCAUCAACAAUGACGACCUUCUAAACCGAAUCGAAGCCACUGAAAACGUCGAACUCCCUAUCCUCCGCUCUCCCGCCAGUCGCGCGCCGAACUUCCAGCAUCUUGCCUCCAGUGCAGGGAGGGAAUCGUACCUUGAAGCACACCGACUCGAAUGCGACAUCGUUAAGGCCUUCUUCUCCGGCAUCGAGAACGGUCACGAUGACAUUGUCGCCGACUUUAUAGCUCGUGGGUGGGUGUCGCCUGAUACUGCAAGUCGAUGGGGCGAGACACCAUUAAAUGCUGCUGUGCGUGUGGGCAAGGUUCCCAUGGUGAGCCGCCUCGUUGCUCUUGGCGCAAGUGUCAAUGGGUUCGGUCGCGCAUGGGAUGGGAAUACUGCCGUCAACGCUGCAGACUUGCCUGAGCGUACGCCGUUGAUGGUCGCUGCCGAACGUGGGCACCUGGCGUUGGUCAAAGUCUUGAUCGAAGACUACGGCGCGAAACACGACAUUAUUGCGCCCGAUGGAGCGAUCGCCCUUCGUUUAGCUGCCUCGAACCGUCAUCGCGAAAUCGUACAUUAUCUCCCUACUAUUCGCGGCGGCGCGUGGAAGCGAUGGGCGACUGUACAUAAAAAGCAAAUGGACCGAGUCCGACGAGCUGUCAAUAGAAUCGUCAAAUUCGUCAGAAUCCUUAUCUGGGACCUUCCCAAGCUUUUAGCCUGGGAUGCGCCGAAAGAGAUAUGCCGUGCUGCUUGGAGGCGUCGCCAUCGGGUGAAGACAUUUUUUAAGCAGUUACCGGGCAAGGUCAAGGACGCGAUACUUGGGAUACCUAGCACCCUCAAACGCGCUGCAACGGAGGUUUGGAAGGGCAUUAAGGAGCUUCCGUCGCUUCUAAAGGGCUUGGUCAAGGCCAUCUUCAAAGUCUUUUGGAAGGUCCUGACAGGCAUACCUGGCGCGGUGAUGUUUGUUCUCAAAUGGAUCGGAAACGAAUUGAAGGGCAUCGGCGAAGCCAUCCUCAACAUUUUCGUUAAGCUGUUCUCGCUCCUACACACAGCGACCAUGGCAGUUGUGACUUUCCUGCGUGGGAUCACUCUUGGGGAUGUAUGGAAUGGCUUCUGCCAUCUCGUAGGCGCCAUCUUCGUAGGCGCGCCUAAAGCAAUCGGCGCAUUCCUCGUGGCCUUUGGAAAGACCAGCUACGAUGUGCUCAAAACAAUCUUUGGCACCUUGGGUGAAUGUAUCUGGUGGCUGUGUGCGGGAGUUUACUGGUUGAUUCAGUAUAUUCCGCGUCGGAUAUGGACCAUGAUUGAGGCGAUGGGGACGUCUUUGGUGAAGGCCUGGGAGGAGAUCAUGGUGUUUCUCAAUCCUAAGCGAAUGUGA